AUGGCUGAGAGUUUAGAUGACGGCGAGUUUUGGCUGCCUCCUCAAUUUCUUAUAGACAACGAUACAGUACUCAUGGAAACGAAUAGUGAUAGUAACCUGAAGAACGGGAGCAUUAAGGACUUGCUUGGCUUCUCUGAAACUGAGUAUGGGAAAUCGUUCUUCCCUUUCGAGUUUCCUUAUGGGUCUGGUUCCUUGGGUUUUUCUUCGGAUAUCAGUUCUCCUGUUGAGUCUGUGGUUGGCUCUACUGAAACAGAGAGUGAUGAAGAAGAUUACCUUGCUGGGUUAACUCGUCAAAUGGCUCACUCCACUCUUGAAGAUGAUUUCAAGAGCAACGACCUUUCUUUCGGCACCGAAAAAACUAAGGGUUGGGUUGUGUCUGGAUCGCCUCAAUCAACGCUUUGUGCAGUUGGAAGCGGCUGCGGUUGUAGACAAGGGUCAAGCCGUGGAAGCCCAGAUGGAUCUUCACCACCAGCAACUUGGGAUCUUCUGUAUGCGGCUGCAGGAGAAGUAGAGAGGAUGAGAAUGAACAACGAAGAAAGGUGUGGUUUUAAAAACCGAAGUAGAGGACUAUUAGGUCCACCAAGAAAACCCUCUCCAAUUUCUAUUCCGUUGAAAAAUCCCAACUCUGAUGUUAGUCUCUACCAACACCAGCAGUCCCUUUCUUACCAGAAGUUGCAGGCAUCCCAAUUUCAGCAGUUGAGAGUACAACAAAUGAUCCAGCAGCAACAACAGAGUGCUUGGGGAGGGCAAAACAACAGUAAGGGGACUGGAGUAUUGUUCCCUCAACAGCCGCAGCAAACUCAGUCUGUGGUCCAAAACAGAGGGAGGAAUCUCACUAGUGUUAGUAGAGGACCAUUGGGUUUGUCUGCAUCUGCUUGGCCUCCUUUACAAAACAGCAUACAGCAACAGCAGCAGCAUAUCCAACAACAGAACAACAAUCAUGGUGGCUAUGGCAUGCAGGCUGUGUUCCUUGGUAACCCAGGAGCGAAAAGAGAAUGUGCUGGUACUGGGGUUUUCUUGCCUCGUCAAAUCGGUACCCGAACCGAAUCUCGGAAGAAGUCGGGGUGUUCCACAGUUCUGCUUCCCGCGAAAGUGGUACAAGCCCUCAACUUGAAUUUAGAAGGAAUGGGUGCGCAGGCCCAGUUCCAGCCUCGGUUUAAUGGAAGUUUCACAACCGACACUGAUGCUGCUGCUGCGGCGGCUAGGGUUCGCAACAAUAACAUUCUCUCUCAUCAGAAGCAGCAGCGCAAUAGCAGGGCACAAGCAGUAAUGAACAAUGAAGACUAUAAACAGAAGGUAAGGGCUGGCCAGUUGCUUUCAAAGCAGAUGGGGAUGGCCUGCCAGCAAGCUAUGGAGUAA